CGCACUUUUCAUCUAAGAAUCUCCUAUUUCCGUGUUCAAAGGCAGCAGGAAUUCGCAGGAUUUCAGUACACAAACAAAGUCAUGGACCUAACCAACAAUUACAAUUACAAAAUGUAAUAAAUGUAAACGUAGCGUAAUGUUGAUCUUGCUACCAUAACUAAAUAAAACAAAUGACAACCAGCAGAAUGGCAAAUAGUGCGCCGGAAAUUAUCAUUUGUUUCAUUGUCCUGCUGACAACUGGCAUUUUUAUCUUAAUCAACAAGUCAAUAUCAACUAGUAAUAUUGAAGCAGAAGUUGGCCCCGAUUACAAAUGGAUCAUCCAUGGCCUAACAAACACUCUGGGAUACAUGACUGUCCUGGUGCCAGGCAUAUUUGUACACAAAUACAUCAGAAAGAUAAAUUAUUUAGACAAAAACAACUCUGGAUGUUUAUACAGAAUCAUUCAGAAAUGUUAUGCUGAAGACGAACUUAUUGAAAAAUCGCCUGUGGCCACCUCAGCAGCCGGUCAGAGAUCAACAUGUCCAUCAUGGGUGAAUUUAUUGAUAAAUUUCACGAUGCUUCAAAUAUCAUUCGUGUCCUGGGCGUUCCUGCAAGAAAAAGUGAUGACACAAGAGUAUAAAAACGACGCCGGCGAGAUCGGCCAUUUUAAAGACUCGCAGUUCUUGGUGUUUGUUAAUCGCACGCUGGCGUUGGCGACUUCCGGUUUGGUAAUACUCUGCUGGCGGCAACCACGUGUCAGAUGCCCGAUGUACAAAUACGCAUUCUGCUCGCUAUCGAAUAUUUUAAGUUCUUGGUGCCAGUAUGAAGCAUUGAUGUAUGUUUCUUUUCCACAUCAGGUGUUAGCCAAAGCUGCGAAGACUAUUCCCGUCAUGAUAAUGGGAAAAGUUAUAUCACGGACAAAAUAUGAGUAUUAUGAGUAUGUAACCGCAUGCAUACUCUCUGUGGGAAUGCUUUUCUUCCUGCUGGACAUGGGUAAUGGUAAAGGAUCAACUGUGACGACAUUCUCCGGCGCCAUUUUGUUAUUCGCAUACAUAGGCUUCGACAGUUUCACGUCCAACUGGCAGGGAGCGCUCUUCAGAUCGUAUUCGAUGUCGCCCGUGCAGAUGAUGUUCGCAGUCAAUCUGUUUUCGUGCAUGUUCACUGCUGUUUCUCUCACACAGCAAGGAAAUUUCAUGACAUCGAUGGGAUUCAUCGUGCAAUUUCCGACAUUCCUCGUCGACUGCGUUAUGUUGUCGAUUUGUUCGGCUGUUGGCCAGUUAUUCAUUUACAAAACCGUAGCAGAAUUCGGUCCGCUCGUAUUUGCCAUUAUUUCUACGAUUAGACAAGGCGUGUCGCUGUUCUUAUCAUGUGUGUUUUACAAUCACGACGUGCACGGCCUCGGCGUGCUCGGCAUUUUCUUGGUGUUCUUCAGCGUCUUGCUACGCAUUUAUUGCGGACAUCGGAUUAAAUCCAGACGUACAAAUGUGUAAUUUAUGUAAUCAGUGAGAUAUUUAUUGUUUAGUGGAAUUUUUCAAAAUGGCGGCUGUUGAUUAAAUAAAUUCGCGUCAUUUUUCACCUGUA